AUGUUUAAGUUAAUUCAGAGGUCCAUGGGGUCAGCUAGCCUGAGCUUGCUCACCUUCAAAGUCUAUGCAGCUGCAAAAAAGGACUCACCUCCCAAAAAGCCCAAGAAGGCUGAUGAGCUUUCAUUCUACUUAGUUCCCAAGGGUCAAUAUAAAUAUGUGGAGGACUUAAGAACCCAGCUGGAAGAAAGCAUCUCUCAGCUCCGACAUUAUUGUGAGCCACAUACAAGUUGGUGUCAGACAGCUAUGAAUAUCUCCAAAAUGUAUCCUCUGGGUUUUUUUUCCAAGACUUGGUGCUAUAAUUUUGCUGGCCUUGUUGGACUCAUUUUGACUACAGGUUCAAACAUAAAGAAGCUGGUGUAUCCACCUGGUUUCACAGCAUUAACUGCCUCUAUCUAUCAUCCACAACAAGCCAUUGUAUUUGCCCAGGUCAGCGGGGAGAGAUUAUAUGAUUGGGGUUUACAAAGAUACAUAGUCAUAGAAGAUGUAUGGAAGGAGCACUUUCAAAAGCUAGAAAAUGAGAAUUCACCUAUAAAUAAGAAGAAAAUGCCAUGCUUUGCCCAUUUUAAUCAGUUAUAUGUAAGCAUUGGAAUCUCCUUACAAUAA